AUGUCCUCCAUUUCUCAAGCUGACCUGGACUCCAUGAACAAUUCAUCUAAGAAGGAGAUUGCCAACUUCUUGGAUGCCGAGAACUCAAAGCAAAGAGUCCAAAUGCAAAUACAUGACUUUACAAACAGUUGUUUCAAGAACUGCGUGUCUUCUAUCACAUCUCCAGACCUAUCUGCACAAGAAGAACAAUGUUUAAAUAGUUGUGUUAAUAGAUUUUUGGAUGCAAACAUUAGAAUUGUUCAGAAUUUACAAAACGUUCAAUAA